AUAAUGAUUUUUUUCAAAGACUAGAUCCAUAUAAAUAAAUAGCAUGCAUAUUCAAUAAUGCAGUAAUACUUGUAAAUACUAUUUCUCUAGAAAUUAACAAAGUAGCCAUAAACAAACAAAAACACAGAAAAACGUGGUUGACGCGACGACUACUACAAAGCAAAUCACAUUGUUUUCCACCAUGAAAUUUGUUUGAACUCAUUUGUCUCUUAACACCACACAAAGUCUAUAUAAAUUUUCAAUGCUUCACCAUCUUCUUCCAUCAUAAAAUUUUAAAGCUUAUAUUUAAUUAACUAUUCAAAACCACUACAUGCAAUAAUAUUAAUAUUAUUAGAACGUAAUUAUAGUAAUUAAUAAUAUUAUGGCAGCGGAUCCAAAGGAGGGAGGGGUGGUGAAGAAAGGGCAGGAAGAAGGCCUGAAAUUUGCGGUGUCGAUUCUGAAAGAGUUCGAGCUACCGGAGGGGCUACUUCCGCUGGAGGGAGUGGUGGAAGUAGGGUUCGUGAAGACGACGGGGUUCAUGUGGAUUUCACAGGCCAAGAAGAUUGAGCACGAGUUCAAGAUGAUCUCCAAGCUUGUCAGCUAUGACACUGCCAUAGAAGGCUACGUCGACAAGAAGAGGAUCAAGAAACUCAAGGGAGUCAAGGCCAGGGAGCUCAUGCUCUGGCCUCCCGUCGGCGAGAUCACCCUCGACGAUCCCCCCACCGGAAAAAUUCACUUCAAGAGCUUCGCUGGUAUCACCAAGACUUUUCCUGUUCAGGCUUUUGCUCUUGACCAGUGACUACGUACCUACAAUUAUAUAUAUAUACGUACUGGUGGUGGUACUCAUUUCAUGAACUAAUUAAUAAGGAUUACCUUGCCCUACACCUAAUAAUAUUAC